GUUGGUUUAAUUUUUUAUAAAACAAAGUAUGAUCUUGUUUGUGAAUUUUAAUUAAUAUAUAAAAUAUAUACAUAUUUUCAUUUAUAAUAUUUUCAUUUUAAAAUAUUUUUUUAAAAUAAGUUUAUAUUUAUUUUUCUACCCGCAAUCGUUCGCAACCACAAACGCUAGCUGAAACCAGUUUUUGAUUUUAAAAGGUUUAGAACGGUUUAGAGCGGUUUAGAGCGGUUUGUAUAAUUGUUUCGAAACGCUGUCAACUGCUACCAACUGCAAAAGCUGCGGAUCGUAGCAGAAAAACCAGUCCGGUCCUAAAUCGAGACUUCUCUCUUUUGUUUUUUUUUGCCAUCGUCUUCACAGCUGACGAUGAUGAUGUGAAAGACCUCGAUUUAACUUUUUCUUUUGGUGGUAUGGCUGGUCGUUUUGGUUAUAUGUUAAUUCGAAACUCUCUUUCCUUCUUUGACCGUGUGUGGUGAGGAGACUGAUGGAGCUACGACGGAAGAUGCUUUUGGAAACAAAAUAAAUUAUUAGAGCAUGUGUUUUUUAAUUUUUUUCUAAGCAUCUUUUAGAGGACGACAGGUGGAGAAAGUUUUUUCUAGGAUUUGUUUUUCUUGUUAAAGUGGUGAAAUCCGCGUCUUGUAACUCCAUUGAAGUCGAUGGAAGGCAUGCAUGGUGAGUCAAGAUUGGCUUUUGAAGGUCGUCUGCCCCCGACAAAUUUCACUGCUCUGGCGAAAUUCACGUAGGACUUCUAUGGUUUGCGUUUUCUAACGCUUCGUGUGGUUACCGCGAGAGUGGUUACGAUUAGCUGGAGAGACUGAGAUACACAUUGUUGAAUGCAGCCCGCAAACUCCGAAGAAAGCGACGGUAAAAGUUAUGGAACGCCUGAAACGUUAGAGCUAACUUUUUGCUUGGUUUUGGUUUAAUGUGGUUUUAAUAGAGUUUAUUUUUUGGAAUUUUUUAUUGUAAUUAUUAACCAUCUACCAAGCGGAUAUUUAAUAUAAAAUAUUUGAAUUAAAAAAUGAUAUGAAAAAUAAAAUAAAAGAACACAGAAAGUCCUAAAUUUCAUUUCUUAUAAACAAUGUGGACAAACAUUGUAAAUGCCUCAUACCAAAAAAACAUUGUAAAUGCCAUAUAAAUACUAAACAGAUUAAAUAAGAAAGACAAAAAAAAGAACAACUCUUUUUUUUUGCUUAUGAACAGCUUGUCGGUUUGCGUGCAAAUCCUCUCUCUCUCUCUCUCUCUCUUUUAUUCUUACCUCUGUUCUAAUUUCAGCGAGCGGACACACAUCACUUGCUCUCUCUCUUUCUUUUAGUCUUUACUUUUUUCUCGCAUAACCACUCUCUUUUCUUUCCAUUAAAUUCUCUUCAGAAUCUUGAAUAAAACUUUUAAGCUUCUUCAACUGGUACCAAGUUAUGCUCUGUGUUUCUUCUAUACAUCACUCUCCACAACGUUUAUCUGUCCCGAAGAAUUCUGAUAAUGCUCCAACCAGUCAGUCUCUCUCUCUUCUCUGAGAGAAUUCUCCCUUUCCCGUGAAAAGUUUACUCUUUUCCCACAGAAAACUUCAAACUCUGUAAUUGGUUGGUCUUAUUCUGUCUCCCUCCAAGAAUCUUCGGAUCCUCUGAAUCUUUAUCUCUGUUUCUUCAAACUCUCAAGUCUCCACAUGUCGUUUAUCUUCCGCUACAAGCCACGCCCAUAGAAUCUUCUUUUGUCUGAAAAAAUACAAAAAAACAAAAGGAUUAGAGUUUACGUUUCUCUUAAGAAACAGACGGACUUUCCUAAGAAAAAAAUAAAUAAAUUAAAAAAAGAGUAAAGAAGAAAGAAGAAGAAGCAAGUUUUUAAACACUUUGGAGUUUUGUGGGGUCAUAAUAAAAUGGAGAUGAUGGAGGUGGCUAAUCACGGAGAAAGAAGCACCUCUGACAGCAUGAACAGACAUUUAGACAGUAACGGUAAGUACGUUAGGUACACGUCUGAGCAAGUAGAGGCCCUCGAGCGUGUCUACUCCGAGUGUCCUAAACCAAGCUCCCUCCGGCGUCAGCAGCUGAUCCGUGAAUGUUCCAUUUUGGCCAACAUCGAGCCUAAGCAGAUCAAGGUCUGGUUUCAAAACCGGAGGUGUAGAGAUAAGCAGAGGAAAGAGGCGUCGAGGCUACAGAGCGUGAACAGGAAGCUUUCGGCGAUGAAUAAACUGUUGAUGGAGGAGAAUGAUAGACUCCAGAAGCAAGUUUCUCAGCUUGUUUGUGAAAAUGGAUAUAUGAAACAGCAGCUAACUACUGUUGUGAACGAUGUAAGCUGUGACUCUGUGGUCACAACUCCUCAGCAUUCUCUUAGAGACGCUAAUAGUCAUGCUGGAUUGAUCUCGAUAGCAGAGGAGACAUUGGCAGAGUUCCUAUCCAAGGCUACAGGAACUGCUGUUGAUUGGGUUCAGAUGCCCGGGAUGAAGCCUGGUCCGGAUUCGGUUGGAAUCUUUGCUAUUUCGCAAAGAUGCAGUGGAGUGGCAGCUCGAGCCUGUGGUCUUGUCAGUUUAGAACCAUUGAAGAUUGCAGAGAUCCUCAAAGACCGGCCAUCAUGGUACCGUGAAUGUAGGAGCCUUGAAGUAUACACUAUGUUCCCAGCAGGUAAUGGCGGCACCAUUGAGCUUGUGUAUAUGCAGACUUAUGCACCAACGACUCUGGCUCCUGCCCGCGAUUUCUGGACCCUGAGAUACACAACUAGCCUCGACAAUGGCAGUUAUGUGGUAUGUGAGAGGUCACUUUCUGGUUCUGGAGCUGGUCCUAGCCCUGCUUCAGCUUCUCAGUUCGUGAGAGCAGAAAUGCUUUCUAGUGGGUAUUUAAUAAGACCUUGUGAUGGUGGAGGUUCAAUUAUUCACAUUGUUGAUCACCUUAAUCUUGAGGCUUGGAGUGUUCCUGAUGUGCUUAGACCCCUUUAUGAGUCAUCCAAAGUCGUUGCACAAAAGAUGACCAUCUCCGCAUUGAGGUAUAUUAGACAAUUAGCGCAGGAGUCUAAUGGUGAACUAGUGUAUGGAUUAGGAAAGCAGCCUGCUGUUCUUAGAACCUUUAGCCAAAGAUUAAGCAGGGGUUUUAAUGAUGCGGUUAAUGGGUUUGGUGAUGACGGGUGGUCUACAAUGCAUUGUGAUGGAGCCGAAGACAUCAUCCUUGCUAUUAACUCUACUAAGCAUUUGAGUAAUAUUUCUAGCUCUCUUUCGUUUCUUGGAGGUGUGCUUUGUGCCAAGGCUACAAUGCUUCUCCAAAAUGUUCCUCCUGCGGUUUUGAUCCAGUUUCUAAGAGAGCAUCGGUCCGAGUGGGCUGAUUUUCAUGUUGAUGCAUAUUCUGCUGCGACGCUUAAAGCAGGUGCCUUUGCUUAUCCGGGAGUGAGGCCUACAAGGUUCACAGGGAGCCAAAUCAUUAUGCCUCUAGGGCAUACUAUAGAACACGAAGAAAUGCUUGAAGUUGUUAGAUUAGAAGGUCAUUCUCUUGCACAAGAAGAUGCGUUUAUGUCCCGGGAUGUUCAUCUUCUUCAGAUAUGUACUGGGAUUGAUGAGAAUGCAGUUGGAGCUUGUUCAGAACUAAUCUUUGCUCCUAUUAAUGAGAUAUUUCCUGAUGAUGCUCCACUUGUUCCUUCUGGCUUCCGAGUCAUACCAAUUGAUGCCAAAACCGGAGAUGCGCAGGACCUAAUAACGUCUAACCACCGGACAUUAGACUUAACUUCUAGCCUUGAAGUUGGUCCAUCACCAGAGACUGCUUCUGGAAACUCUUCAUCUAGCUGCUCAAGCUCGAGAUGUAUCCUCACUAUCGCGUUUCAGUUCCCUUUUGAACCCAACUUGCAAGAAAAUGUGGCUGGUAUGGCUUGUCAGUAUGUGAGGAGCGUGAUCUCAUCGGUUCAACGUGUUGCAAUGGCCAUCUCACCGUCUGGGAUAAGCCCGGGUCUGGGCUCUAAGUUGUCACCGGGGUCUCCUGAAGCUGUAACUCUUUCCCAGUGGAUCUCCCAAAGCUACACUCACCACUUUGGUUCGGAGUUAGUGACGAUUGACUCACUUGAAAGCAAUGACUCGGUGUUGAAACUUAUAUGGAAUCACCAAGAUGCUAUCUUGUGUUGCACGUUAAAGCCUCAACCAGUGUUUAUGUUCGCGAACCAAGCUGGUUUAGACAUGCUAGAGACAACGCUUGUAGCCUUACAAGACAUUACACUCGAGAAAAUCUUUGAUGAAUCUGGUCGAAAGGCUCUCUGCUCCGACUUCGCCAAGCUCAUGCAACAGGGAUUUGCGUGCUUGCCUUCAGGAAUCUGUUUGUCUACAAUGGGGAGACAUGUCACUUAUGAACAAGCUGUUGCUUGGAAAGUGUUUGCAUUUGAAAACGACAACAACAAUAAUAAUCUACACUGUCUUGCUUUCUCUUUUGUAAACUGGUCGUUUGUGUAGUAAUCUCAUCUCUUGUGAGUGUAUUAGAAAAGGCUAAUCAAAUUUACAUUUAGACAACUCUUUUCUUUUGGUUGUUUGUGUGUAUGUUUUGAUCAAAUUUUCAUUGUGUUAUACA